AUGGACCUCUUUCGGCGUCAUAAAGGCCACCAUGAGGUCAAGACAGAUCAAUACUGGGCACUUGGGUACUACUUUGAAAGCCUGAACGACGAGCAGAAACAUCAACGCCGGGAAUAUCUGGAAUGGUAUGGAUUCGUCGCACAAUGGUCCGUCCUGGUCAUAUUUGCGCUCUUUCAGAUUGGCUUCGCCUUUUCGUGGGUGAUGAAAACCGGGUUGAAGAUUGAUCAGCCCAAAUCACCGUCAUUCACCAAACGGCCAAAGGACAGGCUCGGAUGGCUGCGAAGCAUACAGACCGGAUGUAGCAGGAUGAGCUGGUGGAUGCGAAAGGAUGUCAUUCGGGGCUGGAACUGGGGCACAAGAGGAGAAUGGAUCGGAGCCAGCGUCUGGACAGUGUGGUUGCUGUAUCUUUGCAUUGCUCACACCGGGAACGACUACCUCCAUCUCACCAAGCGUUUCGGACAAGUUGGCGCGUCGCAGCUACCAAUUCACUACUUACUGGCAGUGCGAGCACCAUGGAGUCCUGUGCAAUGGCUGACACGGCUUUCCCACGAGCAAAUCAAGGCCUCGCAUCAGAUCCUGGGACGCAUCACAUUCCUGCUUUUCCUAAUGCAUACGGCCCUGUAUUUGAACUUCUUUGUUCUAUCAGGGUUUCUAGCAAAGCGCAUUAAGGACUGGGACGUCAUUUGGGGCCUUGUGAGCAUCAUCCUCUUCACCACCAUCUCCACGACUGCCCUCGGAUUCAUACGCCGCAAGAACUAUCGAGUGUUCUACAUCUCUCAUAUCGCUAUUGCAAAUUUCAUCGUCGUGCCCCUGUAUCUGCACGUAUCUCAUAUCCGCAUCUACGUGUAUGAGAUUCUUGCGGUAGAGGCAUUACAUGUCAUUUCCCGAGCUGUAUGUCUGAAGAUGUACCAAGGUACUCUCAGACUUCUGCCAGGCACCAAUCUCGUCCAGGUCCGCAUCCCGCUGCCGGCAGAAAGCGCCGCGCUUACUUGGAAGCCUGGCCAGCAUGUGUACCUCAGCAGACCGCAUAUCAGGGGGAAAGCUCCUACGUGGUACGACCAAUGGCUUAUGACGAAUAAGACGAACCCCUUCACGGUUGCUUCCCUCCCGUCAAAAGACAAGGAACUACUUCUCAUUGCAAGAACGCUCAACGGCAACACCAAGUAUCUGGGAGAACUGGCGCGCUCUUUGUCACAGGGGGGAAGCAAUGUGCCCAUGCUACCUACAGCUGGUGGUGACAUUCCCAUCCUGCCUUUCUCCCUCGAAGGACCAUACGGAGCCUCCAACCGACUACCUGAUUUAUCAGACUUUGACAAAAUACUUUUGGUAGCUGGCGGGGUUGGUGCAACGUUCAUCAUGCCCAUCUAUCGCAGCAUCAUCGACUUGCACGACCCCACACCUGCAGGUACCCAGAUCCGGUGCAUUUGGGCGGUUCAGAAGCUGGCUGAAACGCAGUGGGCAUUCCCUGCAAGUUCCGCACCCAAUGACGAGCACGAAGAUGACGCAGCGGCCGAUGCGAACGAGGGUGGUUUAUUGCAAGGGCCGCAGAUUGUCGAGGUCUACGUUACACGACCUUCGGGACCCAACCUGCAAGUCGACGCGAGCGCGGCUGGCGUGUUCGCUAUUGACGACGACGAGGACGGGGAGGGGAUUGAGAUGCAAGAGAACGAGCAGCUGCUGAGCAUGGAGGAGCAGAUGGAGAAGCCGCGAAAGGGGAUGCUUGUCAGAAGCGGAAGGCCGGAUCUAAGUAACGUUGUCGAUGAGGUGUUUAGCAAGGGUAUGAAAACGGCGGUAAUCUGCUGCGGGCCGAAGAGGCUGACGGACGAUCUCAAGAGAAGCGUUGAGAUUUGGGUUAAGAAGGGACACGACGUGUUUUGGUACGACGAGACGUUCGGCUGGUGA